AUGUCGUAUAAAUAUGCCACAAAACUUCGAGGUGGUUUAAUUGCAAGAAUCUCUGAUAAGUUAAUGAGGCUCAAGCAGGAAACCGGUCUUGAGUCAAAAGUUUUCACCCUCGUAAUCGCAGAUGUCCAAAAGAUAAUUAGUGCUUUCGCAUAUAUACAUGAAAUAUGGGCGGUGGUUCUAGAAACUGGUUUAGUAACAUGGCUUCUCUGGAGACAGAUUGGACCCUCGAGCGUGACUGUCCUGACAGUCGCGUUGAUAUGUGCCAUGGGAUCAGCUUUUCUCGGAAAACACGUUGGCAAGGCACAGCAAACCUAG